AUGCCCUCCACCCCCUCCCACAAAGGGGCCGCCUGUUCUGAGUGCAAAGGGCCCCUGGAGGAUGCAGUGACCGCCACCUGUGGACACACCUUCUGCUGGCACUGUCUCCCCCCACCCUCCCAGAUGGGUGCCCAGCCCUCCGGCAGGGUCCUGCUCUGUCCCCUCUGCAAGGAGAAGAAGCAGACCGAGACCCUCUUGGUCCCCGUGCCCCUGGGCCCUCUGGGGGAGACUUACUGCGAGGAGCAUGGUGAGAAGAUCUACUUCUUCUGCGAGAACGAUGCCGAAUUCCUCUGUGUGUUCUGCCGGGAGGGUCCCUCCCACCAGGGCCACGUUGUGGGCCUCCUGGACGACGCCAUCCAGCCCUACCGGGACCGUCUCAGGAGUCGGCUGGAAGCCCUGAGAAUGGAGAGAGAUGACAUUGAAGACAUGAAGAGUCAGGAAGACCGGAAGCUCCAAGUGCUCCUGACUCAGAUUGAAAGCAAGAAGCAGCAGGUGGAAGUGGCUUUUGAGAGGUUGCAGCAGGAGCUGGGGGAAUAUCAGCAUCUCCUGCUGGCCAGGCUGACGGAGCUGGAGCAGCAGAUCUGGAAGGAAAGGGACGAGUAUAUCUCGAAGCUCUCUGAGGAAGUCGCCCGGCUUGGAGCCCAGGUCAAAGAGCUGGAGGAGAAGUGUCAGCAACCAGCAAGUGAGCUUCUACAAGAUGUCAGAGUCAACCAGAGCAGGUAUGAGAUGAAGACUUUUGUGAGUCCAGAGGCCAUUUCUCCUGACCUUGUCGAAAAGAUCCGCGAUCUCCACAGGAAAAUACUCACCCUCCCAGAGAUGAUGAGGGCGUUCUCAGAAAACUUGGUGCAUCAUCUGGAAACAGAUACAGGGGUUGUCACUCUGGACCCUCAGACCGCCAGCCAGAGCCUGGUCCUCUCCGAGGACGGGAAGUCUGUGAAGUACACCCGGCGGAAGCAGAACCUGCCCGACAGCCGCCUGCCCUUCGAGGGUCUCCCGGUGGUGCUGGGCUCCCCCAGCUUCUCGUCGGGGCGCCACCGCUGGCAGGUGGAGGUGCAGCUGGGGGACGGCGGCGGCUGCACGGUGGGGGUGGUCGGGGAGGAGGGGAUGGGGAAAGGGAAGCAGGGUCUGAGCGCCGAGGAGGGCGUCUGGGCGGUGAUCCUCUCCCACCAGCAGUGCUGGGCCAGCACCUCGCCGGGCACCGACCUGCCGCUGAGCGAAAUCCCGCGCCUCGUGGGCGUCUCCCUGGACUACGAGGCGGGGCACUUGGCCCUGCUCAACGCCGAGACCCAGGAGCCCAUCUUCACCUUCACCGCCUCCUUCUCCGGCAAAGUCUAUCCUUUCUUCGCUGUCUGGAAAAAAGGUUCUUGCCUUACUUUGAAAGGCUGAGGCUUAGCCUCCGAAGUGCGGUGCAGCGCCCGGGGAUCCAGCUCCAACCCCUGGGCGAGUCGUCGUGCCCAAGACUGCGGGAGGACACAGGAUCUCCGUCCCUGUGGCUUUGUAAUUCUUUCACUUUAUUUAUCUUAUGUCCUUCAACUCCCUGACGUUCCUGGUCCCCUCUGCUGACGCUCCCGCCUUCUGUGCACCUCCGAGUGGAGAACCAGAGGCAGGCGAGGCUGUGCCCAGGACACCAGCAAAGCUGGGGAGCCAGUAGGUUUUUAAGAGGAAAAAAAUCUAAAAACUGUUUAAAGCUUCAGAAUAACCGUCAUGGGAAAAAGCAGAAUUUUGUGGCGUUUGCACUAAUUUUUUCAGUUGCCUGUUUUUAUUGGGGCUUACACAUGGAGGUACUUCCACCUUUACAGACCUUAGGGCCUCUUCAUCCAGCCCUGGGUGCACCCAGGUCACCUUCCUGUCCGCUCGUUUCUCUUUCUCACAGAGAAUGUCCUAAUUAAGUGCGCCACCCACCCAGACGCCUGCGUUUCAUGUGUCUAAUCAGUGCUGAUGGGGCUGAAGGAAAGGUUUAAAGCCAGUGGAAUCUCUGUGACCUAGACACAUCCUGCCGGUUCUUUUACUCAGGACUUGCCUGAGGGCAGUCUAGCCAGAUCCCAUUCUUCAAUAAAAGGAGGCUUGUGUUCAGUUCUUAACUAACCUCUUAAAUAUUUAUUAUUGUUACUGUUGUUACUAUUAUUGGACAC